CAGUGUUAAUUUAUCGGAGCUAUCGUCUGUGUGCUGUCGUGGGAAGGAUCAAAGCGAUAGUUUCGGUGAUCACAAAGGCUUUCGAACUUUUAAACAAGGCUGGCGAAAAAAUUGAUGUGGAGCAUGUUUCUCGCCUCAGUCUCCGCUAGGAAACCGGCCACUGCAACAACCACUCUGAUAGGCAAGACAUUCACUCGACGUUUCAUGGGAUCCACAACCAAUUUACCUCACCCAAAGAGCUUGGUGGUUGAGCAGAUAAACCCUUUGGCACCCCCAGCCGAGGCUAAAUACAGGUUCAUAGUCAACCAUAACGACCCCAAUGAGUUCUAUCUUUCGUAUCCAAGAGGUGCCUACACUGGUGCUCGAACGAUUAGCCGAACGUCUGUGGCCGAGCUCAAGCAACAUAUCUUCAGAACCUCGAACUCGCUGAGACUGAUGUCUUUUUCAAAGGACGAAGAACAGCCUGAGCCGGAAUCCGUGGUUCAAGAUCUAUCUGUGUUCCGAGAUGAAAAACAAUUUGAAGACCGCAUCGUUCCUAUGCUACGUGCUGGCCUGCAGAAGUAUUAUGCAGAAGUGGAAGAGGAGGACGGGAAAAUUCAUGAAACAAAAGUCUCUUUUCUUUGUGGGUACAAUCUUGAUCCACCGCAGGUCUCCUUGGCAGCACAUUUUACCCCGCUAAAAUCACCUCCUAGCGGAAGAGUUGCUGUCGAUGUUCAAGGAUCACCGCGACAUCAUGCAGCGGCAAAAGAUUCACAGUGGGUUAGAGAACGGCAGACUCUGGAAAAGAAAAAGUCUCCCAAUGCCAAUGAAGUGCUAUUGACGGAUCAUGAUGGACACGUCUAUGAAGGAAUGGCGUCCAACUUCUUUGCUGUCAUCAAUGAAAAUGGGUCGCCGACAUUGGUAACAGCGUCACUGGAUUGUGUCUUACUAGGAACAAUCAUGAAAAUGGUCCUGCGUGUAUGCGAAGAGCGCAGCAUUCCCGUAAAAUGGAUGUUCCCGAGCCUGAAAGAUGCAUCCGAUGGCAAGUGGGAGGGCUGCUUUAUCAGUAGCACCUCAAGAUUGGUAUUGCCAAUUGAGACCAUACAGUUCAAUGAUGAAAGGUAAGUGAUAUGAUACGAUGAUUUAUUUAACAAAGUGCGCAUUAUUGAACAGGUUUGUUAUAGACCAAAUAUACAGUUUCCUUCUGUUUCAGAAACGGUUGAAAUAAUACGGAAAGAUGUUCAAAAAGAACUGCUCAAAACGGCAUACAAGAUUCUCUAGAUGAGCACUUGCAGAAGCAAAUCUACGUUUCUAGUCAAUAUCAGUGUCUAUAGGUUGACUGUCUUCCGCUUUGUUAUCGUCCGUUUCUUGUUCAUCUACUAGAGUGAAUUCAAUUAUAAAGAAUGUAGCACUAUCGUCUCUCAUUUUUGCAAUGAAUCGUAGAGGCUAUUAGAAAGAGUUGAUCAAUAACAGUUGUACAUUGGUGUUUGUUUC